AUGGUACACCAAGCUCCCCGCUCAAUAGAUGUAGAGCAGGCCGGGGACUGGGGACAAACACCAUUGGCCUCCAUCUAUGACGCAGCAAAGAGCCUUUGGUACACCAUCUUAGGUGAGCUGUUGCAGUCGGAUAGCAACAGUAAGAGAAAAAACAUCACCUUUGCAAAUGAUAUGAAGGAGCUCAUGAGCUGCCCCUGGGAAACAAACAUAACUCAAAAAGAACGCUACAGGGUUGAACUGUAUGCCUGUUGUAAUGCCACUGAGGAUCUGAUUCUGACAACGCAAAACACUGUACUGAAUCAGACUAUUACUUAUGAUGGCGUGCAGUUAACCAGACUGGUGGACAACUCACUGCUGGAAAUGCUGCCUAAGAGAACCCCCUGGAGGACUGGAGGUCAACUUGGGCGCUGUUCAGUCGUGGGGAAUAGUGGGAUUCUGAAGAACAGCAGAUGUGGUUCCAAGAUUAACAGGGCUGACUUUGUCAUAAGGUUGAAUCUGGCUCCCAUCAAUUUUAGCAGAGAUGUAGGAGUGAAGACAAAUUUGAUGACAGCCAACCCCACCCAGAUAAAAAGAAGCUACCCAAACCUGAAGAAGCAUCCCCAGCCCCUGGUAGACGACAUGUCAAAGUACGGAGAUGCAAGCCUUCUCAUGCCUCCUUUCGCCUAUAGAUCCUGCACUAAGACUUCUUUCCAAGUUCACCAAGCCCUCCGUCCACUCUACCCUCAGCAGAAGGUAGUUUUCUUCAACCCUAACUACUUGCGGGAUCUGCACCGUUACUGGCGGAGGAGGGGCCAGCGGGCACUCCGACUCUCCACAGGGUUAAUGCUGGCGAGUGUAGCCCUGGAGCUGUGUGACGAGGUGCACCUUUAUGGGUUCUGGCCCUUUAACUUUGACCUUUCCCUGAAGCAACUGUCCCAUCACUACUAUGACGACGUUGGACCCCGUCCUGGGGCACAUUCUAUGCCCCAGGAGUUCCUUCAACUACUGAACAUGCACAGUAAGGGGGCAAUAAACCUCCACGUUGGGAAAUGCCAGUAA